AUGGCACUCACCGCCCUCGUCCUCUGCGGCAAAAUGCCCGCCCACAUCCAAGGCCUGUCCAAACUCCUCGCGCCCGACGGCUAUGACAUAAUCCACGUCUGCUCCACCCUCCCCUCCGCCCUCAGCGAACUCCCCGCCCUCCUGGGCGACCAAACCCCACCCCCCACCCCCUCCUCCGGCUACGGCUCCAACCUCACCUCCGCCACACCCAUCCCCGGCACCGCCGUGCGCGCCAUCCUCGUCGGCGGCGGCUACAGCCCCGACGACUUCGCGCAGAUCAAGAACGCUUGCGACGCCGUCAGGCCGCUGCCGUACUUCCGCGCCGAUAUCAGCAAGCCUAGGCCUGAUGGGGCGGCGCCGACCGGGCCGCCGGCGCCCGAGGAGUUGAGGAGGAGGGUGUUGGAGGCUAUGGCGGGGGCGGAGAGGGAGGGGCAGGGGUGGAAGGCUGGGGUCUAUUUGUUUUGA